AUGGGAUACAACAUUCUAGGGUUUGGUACUUGUACUCCUCAUGCUGCUCAGUGCAUUCAUUCUCGUUCCAAUUGUCACAUGCCCCACCCUCGCGUCGCCCUGCGCGGCGUCGUUACAGCCGCCCGCGACCCCGACGCCGCCCGUCGCGACCUCGUCGCCCUUCGCGCCGCCCGCGACCUCGUCGCCGCGGCCGCCUGCGACCCUACCGCUGCAGCCGCCCGCGACCCUGCCGUCGCCGCCGCCCGCGGCCCUGCUGUCGCAGCCGCCCGCGACCCUACCGUCGCCGCCGCCCGCGACCCUGCAAUCGCAGCCGCCUGCGACCUCGUCGCCGCGGCCGCCUGCCCUCCCGUCGCCGCAGCCGCGCGCGACUCCUGUGGUCGCAGCCGCCCGCGACCCCCCGUCGCCCCACCCGUGCGACCCCACCGCCGCCCUUUGCGGCCCCUUCGCCAUCCCUUCGCGGCCCCGCCGAGCAGCCGCGCCGCCGAGACGCCGCCGCCGCCGAGCCGCCGAGCCGCCGAGCCGCCGAGCCGUCGAGCCGCCGAGCCGCCGAGCCGUCGUUGCCGCCGAGUUGCCGAGCCGUCGAGCCGCCACUGCCGCCGUGCUGCCGAGCCGCCGAGACGCCGGUGCCGACGAGCUGCCGAGCCGCUGAGCCGCCGAGCCGCCGUUCCUGCCGUCCCGGCCCUGUUCCUGCCGACGCGCCUCGGUCCUUCUCGCCUGCCCGUGACACUCGCUACCGCGCUGCGCUUCCUGCUGAGUUCUGCGCCAAGAACCCCCCCCCCCCCCAUGUACAUCACCCUCUACUACAUAGUCACCCGGCUCCCUGACACCCUUCGCCCGGUUAGGGACCACUUCGUCUCUGUUUGCCCCACCACCCUCACCGUUGACCUCCUCGAGGAGCGCCUGCUCGCGGCAGAGAAGAGCAUAGUCGCAGUAGGUGCCUCUCGUGGUGACCCUCGUACCCCUGUCUUUGAGGGGUGCUCCCCCUCUCCCCUCUUGCCCUCUGUUGCCUCUGCUGCUGCAGCCGACCUCGUUGGUCUUGAGUCGGUCACUGCGGCGUCUGCCCCUAGCGGGAGACGCCGCCCUGGCAAGGGCAAGGGGGCAAGGGUGCUGGAGGGGCUGGAGGGGGCGGUGGAGGCGGAGGUGGAGGUGGUGGAGGGGGUGGGGGUGGCGGUGGGGGUGGUGGCGGGGGUGGGGGCGUCGGUGGCGGGACUGGAGGUGGAGGUGGAGGCGGCGGUGGCGGUGGGAGCGGAGGUGGCGGAGGUGGCGGUAGUGGAGGAGGUAGCGGCGGAGGCGGCGGAGCUGGUCGGGGUGGCGCUGCGCAGAGGGGUGGCUCCGGUGGUGGUGCGCGCCAGCAGCAGCAGCAGCAGCGUACCCGUGAGACCCCUUCCCCCCAGCAGCUUCGUGAGUGACGCGUGGCGCCACCAGUUCCCCGACGCUACGGAGAUCCCUCGCGGGGGCGAGCUGUCUAGGGCGGGUGUUGCAAUCUAUGAUCUUGACUGUGAUGCUAUUCUUGCUGCCAUGUAUGCUGUGACUAUUAGUGAUGAGGGUGACUGUUACCGGUGUUUCCCGCCUGACCCAGGCAUAGAGGCUGCUGCGCUAGGUACUUGUGAGGCUGCUGCUCUAGGUGCCAGUACGUCUGCUGCCCCAGGUGCCAGUGAGUUUGCGCUCUCAGGUGCUGCGUCGCCCCCGGACACCCACACCUUCACCCUUGACUCGGGUGCUUCCCGCUCCUUCUUUCGAGACUGCACCACUCUCACACCGCUCAGUCGGCCUGUUGCGGUCUCCCUAGCGGACCCCUCUAGGGGUCCUGUCCUUGCUCACUACUCCACUGUCCUACCGUGUCCAGCGGUCCCGUCUGGCUCCCUGUCGGGUCUCUACCUCCCCUCGUUCUCUACGAACUUGGUGGCGGGUGCUGACCUCCAGGAUGCAGGAGUUGACCAGUUCACCCCUGCGCGUCAGCGGGUGACCCACUGCACUUGUGCGGACACGGGCCGCCACUUGGCCACGUUUGCUCGUCGGCCAGGGUCGAGCCUGUACACACUGACUACUGAGUCUUCCCCAGUCACUGAGUCUGCUCAGGUAGCCGCGUCGGGUCAGGUGUUUGCUGCGGCGUCCAGGUCUGGUCCUGAGUCUGCCCCCUGCUCGUGUCGUCUCCUGUCUCACCGGACUCUCCUCUGGCACCACCGUCUUGGUCACCCCUCCCUGCCUCGCCUUCGAGGCAUGGCUUCCCGUCUUCUUGUUUCUGGUCUCCCCCGGUCCCUCCCUCCUCUUCCUCCGGGGCCUGCCCCCACCUGCGUUCCCUGCGUCGAGGGGCGGCAGCGCGCUGCUCCUCACUCCUCCGAGUUUCCUCCGACAGAGGCUCCGCUGCAGACGCUUCACAUGGACGUGUGGGGCCCAGCCCGCGUCCGUGGGCAGGGUCAGGAGCGCUACUUCCUGCUGGUGGUUGACGACUACUCGCGUUACACCGCAGUCUUCCCCUUGCGCAGCAAGGGUGACGUCACUGAGGUGUUGAUCGCCUGGAUCCGCGCGGCUCGUCUCCAGCUCCAGGAGAGUUUCGGCUCCGACUUUCCUGUUCGGCGUCUGCACUCCGACCGAGGCGGAGAGUUCUCCUCUGACCUUCUGCAGACCUUCUGUCGCACACGAGGCAUCCGCCAGACCUUCACCCUUCCGGACUCUCCGCAGCAGAAUGGGAUUGCUGAGCGCCGCAUCGGCAUGGUCAUGGACGUCGCUCGUACGUCCAUGAUCCAUGCGGCUGCUCCCCAUUUUCUGUGGCCGUUUGCGGUUCGGUACGCGGCGCAUCAGCUCAACCUUCACCCCCGGGUCUCCAUGCCGGAGACCUCCCCUGCUUUGCUGUGGACGGGGAAGGUUGGUGAUGCGUCGCGUUUUCGGGUCUGGGGAUCUAGGGCGUUUGUCCGCGACUUGUCUGCGGACAAGCUGUCCUCUCGUGCUGUUCCCUGCGUCUUCCUUGGCUUUCCCCCUGACGCGCCAGGCUGGCAGUUCUACCACCCCACCUCGCGCCGUGUCUUCGCGUCCCAGGACGUCACCUUUGACGAGUCGGUUCCCUACUACCGUCUCUUCCCCUACCGCACUGCGUCCCUCCCUCCCCCGCCGCUCUUCCUUACACCAGGCCCCCCUCCGGUAGACCCCCUCCCCCCUCAGGGUCCUGCUCCCUCAGGUGUGUCCCAGGUAGAUGCAGUUGAGCCAGUCGAGGUAGCUGUUGACUCUGGUACUGCUGGUGGUGCUGAGCCUGGGGGUGCUGGGUCUGGGGGUGCUACGACUGGGGGUGUUGGGUCUGGGGGUGCUGCGACUGGGGGUGCUGAGCCUGGGGGUGCUGAGCCUGGGGGUGCUGAGCCUGGGGGUACUGCGCCUGGGGGUGCUGCGCCUGGGGGUGCUGCGCCUGGGGGUGCUGAGCCUGGGGGUGCUGAGUCUCGGAGUGCGGAGCCUGAGAGUGCUGGACCUGCUCGUCCGGCGUCUGGUGGUGCUGAGCCUGGCGGUUCCUCCGGUGCUUCGUCCCGGUGGGAGCUGCUCUCUCCACAGGAGCUGCGUGAGUGGUUCGCCCGGCGCUGGCGACGUGCUGCUGGAGCUGGUGGUGCUGCAGGAGCUGGGGGUUCUACUGCUGCUGAGAGUGCUGGUGCCGAGGGUCCCAGAGGUGCUCGUAUCGAGUGUACUGGAGCUGCUGACCCUACGAGUGCUCCUCCUGCUGGAGCUGGUGGUGCUGCUGGUGUUGCUGGCGCUGGAGCUGCUGGUGCUGCUGGAGCUGCUGGUGCUGCUGGUGCUGCUGGUGCUGCUGGUGCUGCUGGUGCUACUGGCGUUGGUGCUGCUGGAGCUCCUGGAGCUGGAGCUGCUGCGUCUUCGGGUGGUCCGGCUGGAGCUGGAGCUACUGGGGGUGUUGGCGCUGGGGGUGCUCCUGGCGCUGGUGCUGCUGGGGGUGCUGGAGUUGGAGCUGCUGGAGUUGCGGGUCUUCCUGGUGCUGGUGCUCCCGCUGGGGGCGCUGGUGCUGUUCCUGCAGGCACUGGUGGAGCUGCGCGGCCGCGGCCGUACUUCGUUCCGCUCCUUGAGCAGGUUCUUGGUCUUCCGUCCUCUCUUGGUCCUGCUCCUGCCUUAGAGUGUCCGCCUCCUGUCCAGUCUGAGUCACAGUUACAGCCACCUUCCCCGCUUCCUUCUCCUUCUCCCUACACUGGUCCUACUGGAGGUCUUGCUGAGCGUCGUGAGCCUGCGUCUCGCCCUGCGUCGCCUGUCCGUGCUGCUCGCACUAGUGGUCGUGGUUCGCGUCAGCGUCCUCCCCCUGUCCCCGGCACGCACCGGAUGUCUCUGCGUCCUUCCACUGCUCCGCUGCGUGCCCCUUUGCCCUCUCCUCCAGCGUCCUCUCUUCCUGAGCUUCCUGACCCGGAGUCGGACUCCCUUCGUGCUGCGCGUCCUACUGUCACGCGUCUCCUUGCUACUGUCGUCACUGACCCUUCCUUUGAGUCUACUGCUGCGUCUGCCCUAAUUGCUGAGCUUGUCGACUUCGCUGCUCGCUGUCGCCUAGACUACGCUACCAGUCUCGUCGCUGAGUCUGAGUCUGUCUGUCCUCCGUCCGUCGGGGGUGAGUGUGCUCUUGGCACGGACGUCCUAGAGGACAGGCAGGAGGAGUUCCAGUGCUUGGCUGCUGUUUCACCUCAUCUCGUGUCCAUGCUGCUUGCACCUGAGGGAGACCCGGAUGCACUUGACAUCCCGACUCCGCGCUCUUACGCGGAGGCGAUAGAGGGUCCCUACUCCUCUCAGUGGCAGGCAGCCAUGGACGCAGAGAUGGCUUCCUGGAAGUCCACAGGCACCUACGUUGACGAGGUUCCCCCGCCUGGGGCGAACAUCGUCAGUGGCAUGUGGAUUUUCAGGGUGAAGCGGCCGCCGGGUUCUCCGCCUGUCUUCAAGGCGCGUUACGUGGCUCGUGGUUUCAGUCAGCGGCAGGGAGUUGACUACUUUCAGACUUUCUCUCCCACCCCGAAGAUGACCACUCUUCGGGUACUGCUGCACAUAGCUGCUCACCGAGACUACGAGCUGCACUCUCUUGACUUCAGCACUGCUUUCUUGCAGGGCAGCCUUCACGAGGAGAUCUGGCUGCGCCGCCCACCUGGCUUCACUGGGACGUUUCCUCCUGGCACCCAGUGGAGCCUCCGGCGGCCAGUCUACGGUCUCCGCCAGGCGCCUCGUGAGUGGCACGACACACUGAGGACUACACUUGCGGCCCUUGGGUUUGCUCCUUCUACUGCCGACCCGUCGCUGUUUCUGCGCACCGACACUUCUUUGCCGCCGUUCUACAUCCUCGUGUACGUCGACGACUUGGUCUUUGCUACAGCUGACACUGCUGGACUUGCCUACGUGAAGUCCGAGCUGCAGAAGAGACACACGUGCACAGACCUGGGUGAACUGCGCAGCUACCUUGGCUUGCAGAUCACUAGGGACAGAGCACAGCGCACCAUUACCCUGACUCAGUCACAUAUGGUGCAGCAGGUCCUUCAGCGCUUCGGCUUCAUGUACUCCUCGCCUCAGGCCACUCCUCUGCCUACGCGCCACUCGCUCUCAGCUCUUCCUUCGGAUGAGUCCGUAGAGUCGAGUGGCCCGUACCUAGAGCUUGUCGGCCGCCUCAUGUACCUGAUGACCUGCACUCGACCUGACCUUGCAUACCCUCUUAGCAUUCUGGCACGCUUUGUUGCUCCUGGGAGACACAGACCAGAGCACAUGGCUGCAGCGAAGAGGGUGUUGCGCUACUUGUGCAGUACGUCGGGCAUGGGGCUUGUGCUUGGAGGGCAUAGUUCAGUGGUCCUCACUGGUCACGCAGACGCUUCUUGGGCUGACGACCAGGCUACGCAGCGGUCGUCACAGGGUUACACCUUCAGCCUUGGUUCCGGCUCUGUUUCUUGGCGGUCUACCCGCUCGUCUUCUGUUCUCGGCUCCAGUUGUGAGGCUGAGAUCUACGCAGGGGCCAUGGCUGCACAGGAGCUACGCUGGCUCACCUACCUGCUGACUGACCUGGGAGAGCCGCCUCGUUCUCCUCCAGUUCUGUACGUAGACAACAAGGCCAUGCUGGCCUUGUGUCAUGAGCACAGACUGGAGCACAGAACGAAGCACAUCGCUCUCCGCUACUUUCUUACUCGUGAGCUGCAGCAGCGUGGUCAGCUGCGCCUUGCUUACGUGGCCUCUGAGGCCAACACUGCUGAUAUCUUCACUAAGGCACUCGCGCCUUGUGAUCAUCAGCGCUUCUGCACUCUGUUAGGUCUUGUACCUACCUUGCCUCACUUGCUUACUUCUUGA